CUGAAGAGGAGCAGCGUCUUCCUCCUCAGCGUCAGUCGCUAUCCAAGGUGCUGAAGAGGAGCAGCGUCUUCCUCAGCGUCAGUCGCUGUUCAAGGUGCUGACGAGGAGCAGCGUCUUCCGCAGCCUUAGUCGCUGUCCAAGGUGCUGAAGAGGAGCAUUGUCUUCCUCCUCAGCUUCGGUGGCUGUCCAAGGUGCUGAAAGAGGAGCAUCGUCGUCAGUCCGGCGCUGAUGCAAAUGUAAGAUAGGUUUAGCGUCCUUCCUUCCACGUGUGCAUGCAGGGAUUGUCGUGCCUCCAGCGGACGCAACAAGAGAGAUUGUUCCCUCCACAAGAUCAUGUUGUUGGACGUGCGCCUGCAUGGCUGGGAUUAAACGUUGAGGGACUCCAGUGAGCGAUGUCAUUUCUCAGAGGCUGCACAAGUUCUCCAUAACACACAUCCACCACUGCAGAUUCCUGAAGAAACACAACAACGCUGCCAGUCACGUGACCACGGGGAAAAUGGCGCCUGAUUUAAGGUUUCCAGCAGCGGUGUAGGGAUGACAUCCCCCUAAAGUCCUUGAACCACGGUGGUUAAGGAUGGGCCCCGCCCUCUCGGCCGCCCUGGUCUUCCUACUGGCCCUCGGCCCCGCCGCCUGGCUGGCGAGCCAGGAGGAUUACGCCGGCGACGAGGCGGAGCGGACGGCGGGCGACAGCCUGGUGUUUGACGACUACCGGGGCAAAGGCUGCGUGGACGACAGCGGCUUCGUCUACAAGCUCGGGGAACGCUUCUACCCGGGUCACUCCAGCUGCCCGUGUGUGUGCACGGAGGACGGGCCCGUGUGCGACCAGCCCGAGUGCCCCAGACUACACCCCAAGUGCACCAAGGUGGAGCACAAUGGCUGCUGCCCCGAGUGCAAGGAGGUCAAGAACUUCUGCGAGUACCGAGGGAAAACCUACAAAAUCCUGGAGGAGUUCAAGCCGUCGCCGUGUGAAUGGUGUCGCUGCGAGCCCAACAACGAGGUGCACUGUGUGGUGUCCGACUGCGCCGUCCCGGAGUGCGUCAACCCCGUCUACGAGCCGGAGCAAUGCUGCCCCAUCUGUAAAAAUGGUCCAAAUUGCUUCGCCGGAUCGACAAUCAUCCCAGCCGGGAUUGAGGUAAAGGUGGACGACUGCACCAUCUGUCGCUGCCAUAACGGCGACUGGUGGAAACCGGCUCAGUGCUUGCGGCGCGAGUGCCUCAACGGCCAGUCGUCAUAGAGAGAGACUCAGGCAAGACCCUGACCAUGGACACCCUUUGUCAUAGAGAGAGACUCAGGCAAGACCCUGACCAUGGACACCCUAUGUCAUAGAGAGAGACUCAGGCAAGACCCUGGCCAUGGACACCCUAUGUCAUAGAGAGAGACUCAGGCAAGACCCUGGCCAUGGACACCCUUUGUCAUAGAGAGAGACUCAGGCAAGACCCUGACCCUGGACACCCUUUGUCAUAGAGAGAGACUCAGGCAAGACCCUGACCAUGGACACCCUAUGUCAUAGAGAGAGAGACUCAGGCAAGACCCUGGCCAUGGACACCCUAUGUCAUAGAGAGAGACUCAGGCAAGACCCUGGCCAUGGACACCCUUUGUCAUAGAGAGAGACUCAGGCAAGACCCUGACCCUGGACACCCUUUGUCAUAGAGAGAGACUCAGGCAAGACCUUGACCCUGGACACCCUUUUGUGCAGGGCAGGAGCACAAUUCACAAAGAGAGAGGAGACUUUGCUAUUCUGACGGCUGGGAAAAGACACACUUGGAUGUGCUGAGGGGGUCACAUGACAUGUGCUGAGGGGUCACAUGACAUGUGCUGAGGGGUCACAUGACAUGUGCUGAGGGGUCACAUGACACCAGUGGAAGUGUUCUCUCUAAAGGCUUCUUUGCAAGAUCGCGGCUUUUCUUUUGGAUGUCUGCAGCUUUUUCACCAACGUUCUUGUCCACUAACAUUAAAUGGACUUUCUCAAUCUGCCAUCAGUCUUUGAAAUGUUCCUUGCAACACAACAAGUACUGUGUUGAUUUUUUUUGGCAAAACACAACAAGUACUGUGUUUAUGUUGUAUAGCACAAGGCAACAAGUACAGUGUUGAUGUUGAUGAUUUACUAUGAAUUGAUUAACGUGGAC